AUGGCUCUUAAGGUUAUCGCUCUGGCUUCCUUGCUGGCAGCCGCAAGUGCAAAAGCCAGGCCUCUUCGGAGCUGUGUUACCAGGAUCAGGAUUUCCUUCGGUGGUUCUGCAGGAGCCGCCAAUUUCCUCCGACCUGCCAUCAACUUUGGAGGGGCUGCUUCUGCUGGCGCCUACAACCCACCUGUUUCUCCUGUAACUCGCCCUCAGUAUAACUUCAACUAUGCCAUCAACGAUGCUUUUGGUAACGACUUCGGCCACCAAGAGGGACGCGAUGGAUACAACACUCAGGGAUCCUACUACGUGCAGCUCCCGAUUGGUCGCGAGAGGGUCACUUACACUGUUAACGGCGACCAAGGAUACGUGGCUCAGGUGACAUACGAGGGAGUGGCUCAGUACCCUGCCUUCCAGCCGUCUGCCUGCUACUCACCCGCACCUUCGUAUGGUUAAGGUCUGCAAGCCGCGGAUGUGUCGGAUGUUAACAUACAUAUAUAUAUAUUUUCUAUUUUGCAAUGUUAAAUAUUAGCCUGAUAAAAAUAAAACAAAUUAACAAACUCA